AUGAACUGUAUUAAAGGUUUCUGGGAUGAAGAGGAGAAAAACGAGAAAAUCCACAGCUGCCACCACUGCAAGAAAGUUUUCAUUCCAAAGCCUGUGCUGCAGAAAAAUACCUUGUUAGCAGAGUUGGUGGAGGAUCUGAAGAAAAAGAAGACUGGACUCCAAGCUGCUCCAGCUGAUCACUGCUAUGCCGGACCUGAAGAUGUGGCCUGUGAUGUCUGCACUGGGAGGAAGCUGAAAGCCAUCAAGUCCUGUCUGGUUUGUUUAGUUUCUUACUGUGAGAAACACCUCCAACCUCACUAUGAUGCAGCUCCAUUAAAAAAACACAAGCUGGUGGCCCCCUCCAAGAAGCUCCAGGAGAACAUCUGCUCUCGUCAUGAUGAGGUGAUGAAGAUUUUCUGUCGUACUGAUCAGCAGAGUAUCUGUUAUCUCUGCUUAAUGGAUGAACAUAAAGGUCAUAAAACAGUCCCAGCUGCAGCAGAAAGGACUGAGAAGCAGAAGGAGCUCGAGGUGAGACGACUAAACAUCCAGCAGAGAAUCCAGGAGCGAGAGAAAGAUGUGAAGCUGCUUCAACAGGAGGUGGAGGCCAUCAAUGGCUCUGCUGAUAAAGCAGUGGAGGACAGUGAGAAGAUGUUCACUGAGCUGAUCCGUCUCAUCCAGAAAAGAAGCUCUGAUGUGAAGCAGCAGGUCAGAUCCCAGCAGGAAACUGAAGUGAGUCGAGUCAAAGAGCUUCAGGAGAAGCUGGAGCAGGAGAUCGCUGAGCUGAAGAGGAAAGACGGCGAGCUGGAGCAGUUCUCACACACAGAGGAUCACAACCAGUUUCUACACAACUACCCCUCACUGUCAGCACUCAGUGAGUCUACACACUCAUCCAGCAUCAAUAUUCGUCCUCUGAGAGUCCAGACCACAUUCACUCAGCCGCUCUAUGCUGGACUCAUGCUUUUUGAGCGAGGAGACACGGCAGAGCUCAUUAAAUUGAAAUAG